CAAACGAGUUUGCGCUGUACUCACAAGGAAGUGCGGAAAAAUUGGUGCGCUUUUUUCAGCUGAGUUGGCUCAUAUCAAAAGCUGGCGAAUUGUUGUUCUCCUUAUUUAUACAACCUGGGAUAAAUAUUCCCCAAAAAGGAGGAAGAAAUAUUCUGCCAAAAGGCCUUUGAAGAGAUGCCCCGGAGAAAGAGGACCGCCGGCAGCAGCUCGGACGGGACUGAGGACUCGGAUUUUUCCGCCGAUCUCGAGCACGCCGAAGCUUCCGAGAGCGCGCACAGGCGCACCAGCACGCGCCUUACUCGCGCGUCGCUGCGCCUCAGCCGGAGCUCACAAGAUAACUGCAGCUCUAUACGGAGCAGUUCUCCUGCAGCUGUUGGUCCUGACGAAGGCCCAGAUUCAGCAGCAGAGUCAGCAGGAGGAGCAGGAGGAGCAGGAGGUGCAGCAGUUGCAGCGUCCGUCUUCUCCUCCGGGCGCAGGAUCACACGCAGCCAGCAGGGGGCGACAAACACCACCGCCAAGAAAUACCCACUGCGUCAGAGCAGGUCGUCUGGUUCAGACACCGAGGCAAAUGACCUGAAGCAAGGGGCGGACCGAGACGAAACCCCUCCUCGGACCCCGACAGGCAACGCCCCGUCCUCAGAGUCAGACAUCGAGGUCUCCAGCCCGGGCAACGACCUCGUGUCUUCCAGCAACGACAUCGUAGUUUCACAAGAGGAGGACGAGAGAUUGGCCAAAGAGCUGUCACUCAAAGAGGCCGCCGCCCACGACCUUUCCCACCGGCCCAAGCGACGGCGCUUCCAUGAGAGCUACAACUUCAACAUGAAGUGUCCCACACCUGGCUGCAACUCAUUGGGUCAUCUAACAGGAAGGCAUGAGAGACAUUUCUCCAUAUCGGGAUGUCCUCUCUACCACAACCUCUCUGCUGAUGAAUGCAAGGGCAAAGCAUCGACGCGCGACAAACAGGCCGAGGAGAGGACGCUGUCACACCGCCAGGACGAGAACAGACACUCCACAAGAAACCAGGCGCCUUCAGACCGUCAGCUGCGCUACAAGGAGAAGGUGACGGAGCUGAGGAGGAAGAGGAACUCAGGCCUCAAUAAGGAGCAAAAGGACAAUUACAUGGAGCAUCGUCAGAGCCACGGGACGAGCCGGGAGCCGCUGCUGGAGAACAUCACCAGCGACUACGACCUCGAGCUGUUCAGGAAAGCGCAGGCACGUGCCUCGGAGGACCUUGAGAAGCUGCGUCUGGCCGGCCAGGUGUCGGAGGGCAGCAACAUGAUCAAGACCAUCGUGUUUGGCCGCUACGAGCUGGACACGUGGUAUCAUUCUCCGUACCCGGAGGAGUACGCUCGCCUCGGGAGGCUUUACAUGUGCGAGUUCUGCCUUAAGUACAUGAAGAGCCAGACCAUUCUACGCAGGCACAUGGCCAAGUGUGUGUGGAAGCAUCCUCCAGGAGACGAGAUCUACAGGAAGGGAAACAUUUCUGUCUUUGAGGUGGAUGGAAAGAAGAACAAGAUUUACUGUCAGAACUUGUGUCUGCUGGCGAAGCUUUUCCUGGACCAUAAGACUCUUUAUUACGAUGUUGAACCUUUCCUCUUCUACGUGAUGACCGAAGCCGACAACACAGGCUGCCAUCUAGUCGGAUACUUCUCCAAGGAGAAGAACUCGUUCCUGAACUACAACGUGUCCUGCAUCCUCACCAUGCCACAGUACAUGAGGCAGGGCUACGGCAAGAUGCUCAUAGACUUCAGCUACCUGUUGUCCAAGGUGGAGGAGAAGGUGGGGUCCCCGGAGCGCCCCCUGUCCGACCUGGGACUCAUCAGCUACCGGAGCUACUGGAAGGAGGUGUUGCUGCGCUACCUGAACAACUUUCAGGGCAAAGAGAUCUCCAUCAAAGAAAUCAGCCAGGAGACGGCAGUGAACCCGGUGGAUAUUGUCAGCACGCUGCAAUCCCUUCAGAUGCUCAAAUACUGGAAGGGAAAGCAUCUGGUUUUAAAGAGACAGGACCUUAUCGAUGACUGGAAGGCCAAGGAGACCAAACGUGGUAACAGCAAGACCAUCGACCCCACAGCCUUAAAAUGGACUCCACCUAAAGGGACGUAGAGGAGCUUCCUUCACACUCUGAACAUCCAAACACACACACACACACACACACACAGAUCAUCCACCAAACACUGGCAUGCUCAAUGACCCUGGGCUUAAACCCUCACACACACACACACACACACACACACACACUCACUCUUGUAUAAAACGCUUUCAGCAGCUACAGCAGCGUCAGCUACCUGCUGGUUCACCAGCCACUGUCAUCAUUCAGAAAACUGACUGCAGUAAUAAAAUAGUCUAAGCUAUAAUAGUGUCUGUCCAGAGGAUUUUUUUCGGACGUGACGGAAAAUUAGACGGAAGUUGUGCAUGAAUCUGGACCUGAACAAAUGAUCACUGGUAAUAAUAAUAAUACAUUUUAUUUGUAAUGCACUUUACAUUACAGGAAAUCUCAAAGUGCUACAGGUUAAAAGCAUAACAUUCUAAUUAUAAAAAGGAUAAAAAAGGGGAAAAAAACAGCUAAAAACAGAAAACAUACAUACAUAAUCUAAAAACCAUCUAGAUCGGAGGAACCAAAG